CACUCAGCCGAUGCGCACAUCGUAGGAUCCUACCAAUCUGAGAAGGCGCAAGGACGGCGAGCAGCAGCCUGGUAGUCAGUGGGAAGAGUGGAUGCUUUUGUGCAAAGGCUGCGGACUUUCUGCUCCUCAAAGUAGGAGAAUAGAGAGAAGGAUUCGCCUCUUGUUGGAAAGAUACAAUGCUUUUUAGGUUGCCUGGAUGGAUGUGAAACCAGUCAGACUGGACUGGACUUCGGGCUGAGCGGCUGAUGAGAAGAAGAACCCCACUUUAAACACUGUUCAUUUUCCCUUUCUCCCCUCCUCUCUCUCUCUCUUUUCCCCUCUUGUUAUAAAAUGCCAGGAUUUCGUCCAUCAUACUCUGUCCAGUUCAAGCCAGGCUGCUCAUUUGGAAGGACGCCAGACAUCCAGCCUCUCAAAUCUGCAAGUUCAGUCCAAUAAAUUGUGACAUUGUCUGUCAGCCUUGGAAUAAGAAAUCGAUACUCAAGAAAAGGGACGCUGUAUUCUUCCGGAAUUUUAACGAUCCAUUUCCCCGCUAUCCUUAGAAAUAUGCGAUUUGCUUGGAUUAGGUUGGUUUGGUCCGGCUUCACGCUUUUUUAGCUGGAGCAGCGCUGAUAGUGACUGAUUAUUGCUGUUGAUUUUGUCCAUGCAAGACUCGGGGUGGAAACAUGUCUGGCCACUUCUUUGAGAGGAUCACUGCUAUCAGAGAUGGCAUUUUGGUCCAGCACUUCGGUUUUCACCUCUAAAGUGCCCCGGAAAAUCUUAUUCAUGUUCACCCUCUCCCUCUCUGUCACCUACUUGUUCUAUAGCUUGAUGAGCUGCUACAACUCGCUGCAGUUCCCCCUGCAAGAGAACUACGCGUAUCAAGGGAGGCUGGUGACGGAGGAGACAACUUUUGUGACAUUGAGGGAGAAACUUUACUCCGCUUCCCAGGGCUUUACUGAAUUCACCGAGGCCGAGGGAACCACCGCGGUUUCCACCGUAAAGGAUCAUGCUGAGGCCGAACAAAGGACAGUGGAGUGGAUUAGGACUCAGGCGUCUCCAACUAAAUCGGCGGCGGCGUAUCACACCACCGCUCUGGAGAGAGAGCACCAGGAAUUCAGCACCACGGACAGCGAACUCAGGGUGAACUGCACCAUGGAUUAUGGAGAGAAGAAACUUCCCCAAGCCAUCAUCAUCGGGGUGAAGAAAGGGGGGACCAGAGCCCUGCUGGAAGCUCUCAGGGUGCACCCUGACGUGAGAGCCGUUGGGAAUGAGCCACAUUUCUUUGACAGGAACUACGAGAAGGGGCUGGACUGGUACCGAGACCUGAUGCCUUCAACGCUGGAAGGGCAGAUCACCAUGGAGAAGACACCCAGCUACUUUGUGACUAACCAUGCCCCAAAGCGCAUCCACUCCAUGGCCAGAGACAUCAAGCUUAUUAUAGUGGUGCGUAAUCCUGUCACUAGAGCUAUUUCAGACUACACACAGACUUUGUCCAAGAAACCCGAGAUCCCCACCUUUGAGGUUCUUGCUUUUAAGAACCGGACGCUGGGUCUUAUAGACGCCUCAUGGAGUGCGUUGCGUAUAGGAAUAUAUGCGCUCCACUUGGAGAGCUGGAUGCAGUAUUUCCCUCUCUCCCAAAUGCACUUUGUCAGCGGGGAAAGGCUCAUCGUGGAUCCCGCAGGAGAGAUGGCCAAAGUGCAGGACUUCUUGGGGCUCAAACGGAUCGUCACAGACAAACACUUUUACUUCAAUAAAACUAAAGGAUUUCCGUGUCUGAAGAAGCCGGAGGACAGCAGCACUCCCAGAUGCCUCGGCAAGUCUAAAGGGAGAACUCACCCUAAAAUUGAUCCGGACGUGAUUCGGCGGCUGCACAAGUUCUACAAACCCUUUAACAUGAUGUUCUACCAAAUGACCGGGCAGAACUUUGAAUGGGAGCUGGAGGAGGACAGUGAAUCUCGUAGCUCUCAGGACUAGUAGACUGCGGCAUGGCACGGCGCAGCCACACAACCAGCCUUCUUCAAUAAAACUACUAUUGUCUCGCUUCGUCUUCAGAGAGAGUGCUUGAGCACGCCAAUCAAUCAUGGCUGUCUUUGCAGUGUCUGUAUCCAUUAGCAAGAGUUUACUGACAUGCUUUUUCUCUCCCUUCAAUACUAAUGUUGUUGAUGAUGGCAAAUCAUUAUUGUAUAUACUAAACAUAAAAUAUAUUUAUAUUUGUGAAAAGGAGAUGAUUUAUUCCUUUUGUUUUUAAAGCAUAGAGCUGAUAUAAAAAUCAUGUUGACUAUGGCAAUGCAUGCGAUAAGUUAAGUGUCCUUACCUCAUGAGCCCUAAGGGUAAACUCUGCCUGUUUCUUCUCCCUUUACUUUCCUGCAGUUUGUUGCCCUCACACCCACUCACCAGCAUUCAGUACAAAAAGAUAUUCUAUUUCAAUGGCUAAGGCCUUGACAUGCUCUGUAUUGUCUUUCCCACACUGUCCUGCUGCUUUAGAAGAGAGAGAAAAGAGAAAAAUGAUAGACAUAUAAUACAAUAAUCCUCUGACAUGUGCUCAUCUUUUCAGUUGUCCAUACUUGGAGUGGAGACAAUCCUGUUUUUGUCCGUCUAAGUUUACCAAAGUGUUAAUUUACUCAGUGUCAGUGUUCUAGUUGCUCUGCACUCAUUAAUUGCACACAUAUUCAAUAAGAGAGCUGAUGUACAGUGGCCAUCAUUCAAUAAUUGGAUUGUUUCACUGCAUAGUUGAGCAUUAGCAUACUGAUGACCAUGCACUCAGAUGUGGCGCAGUAUCAGUGAUUUUGGCAUAAUUUGACAAAUGAAUCCAUGUACUACAAAUACCAAGGGUUAGCUGUGGAUCAAACAACUCUGCAUCUUGACAAAAACAAUUUCCUGUCGCCCAAAAAAAAAGCACCCAAAACAUCAGUUAACUCUCGCAGUCCUCAACUGUUUGCCUUGUGACCCUCCUCUUGUCGCAGUAAUACAUGUCAAUGAGGGUGAAGAACAACAGCGGAGGACCGAGCAGAAGUUUGUUAACAAACAUCUGCUGCGGCGCAGUCUUCUGUCGUUAGAGAUUAAUGGCGUGUUAAAUAAACCGCUGCCGCUGGAACAAUGUCAAUGUCAGAGAGAAUUUGCUGUCAAGGAAAAGCUACAUACAUGCCCAGGUAAAUUACCAAGCCAUUAUUGUAUGUAUUUAACCUGAAUGAGAUCAUGUGUGGCAGGGAAAUGUGCUGUAAUCAGAGGUUUGCUUGUGAUCAGCAGGACUAACUGGCUUUGUGUCGAGAAUAACAGGGUUUUGCUGUGAAAUGCUCCUUUACUCAUGCAAUGAAAUAACAACCUGACCCAUCAUCUUUAUUCUUUUCUUUUUUUUUUCUUUUUGCAUAACUCGCUGUGCGUCUGUCUGUUGUCUCUGGACUUUUCAUCAAUUGAGACAAUCAAUACAGCCAAUGAGUCAAUAAAUACAGUCUGCUACACAUCA